AUGAGCGGCUCUCAGCUUGAGCAGGCCGUUACAGCCUUGAUCGAGCUGUUUCACAAAUACUCAGGACGCAAUGACACCAUCGAGAAGGAGGCCCUGCUGCAGCUGCUGAAGGAGAAUUUCCCCAACUUCCUCAGUGCCUGUGAGAAAAGAGGCAGAGAUUACUUGUCCAAUAUCUUUGAUAAAAAAGACAAGAAUAAGGACCACCAGAUUGACUUUUCUGAGUUCCUGUCCUUGCUGGCGGACAUAGCCACCGACUACCACGACCACAGCCACGGAGCGGAGCUCUGCUCUGGGGGAAACCAGUGA